UUGGGCAACACGCUCGCGAUCGCGUAGAAGUUUCCCCCGCCCCACGACCAAGAAUCCCGAUCCGCGCUCGCAUAUUAUUUUUUUUUUGGAUACCACCAGUCCAAUCUUUUUUUUUUGGCUGUGCAAUCGGUGUGAAAAGUGAAGAAGAAACUAUCGAGAAUUGAAAGCCCCAUGAUGGCAAGCAAUACGGUUAUAUUUAUGGGCCUAUGCCUGAUCUAUAUGGCCACUUGGGAUCUGCGAAUCUCCGCCCAGGAUAGCAACAAUGUCCUCUUCGAGACCAUUAACUUCCUGAGACGCGGCCAGGCCGACGUGGAGCUGGAAAACUAUGACAACAACCUGGUUCUGGACAGCGAGUACGAUUUCAUAGUGGUUGGAGCCGGAACUGCGGGUUGUGCCCUGGCCGCCCGCCUCUCGGAGAAUCCCCUGUGGCGCGUUCUGCUCCUGGAAGCAGGCGGUCCCGAGAGACUCGUCAUGGAUGUGCCCAUAGUGGCGCACUUCCUGCAGCUGGGCGAGAUGAACUGGAAGUACCGGACCCAGCCCUCGGAUCACGCCUGCCUGGCCAUGAACAACAAUCGCUGCAAUUGGCCGCGUGGCAAGGUGAUGGGUGGCAGCUCGGUUCUCAACUACAUGAUGUACACCAGGGGCAAUCGCAGGGAUUACGAUCGCUGGGAGGCCCUGGGCAAUCCCGGCUGGAGCUUUAAGGAUGUCCUCCCAUACUUCAAGAAGUACGAGGGCAGCAGUGUGCCCGAUGCUGAGGAGGAUUACGUGGGCCGCAAUGGGCCGGUAAAGGUCAGCUAUGUGAACUGGCGCUCCAAGAUCGCCGAGGCCUUCGUGGAGGCCUCCCAGCAGGACGGCUUGAAGUACAGGGACUACAAUGGUCGCAUUCAGAACGGCGUGGCCUUCCUGCACACCACCACCCGCAACUCCACCCGCUGGAGCUCCAAUCGGGCCUAUCUCUAUCCGCUGAAGGGAAAGCGCAGCAAUCUGCAUGUGAAGAAGAACGCCCUGGUGACCAAGGUGCUCAUUGAUCCGCAAACGAAAACGGCCUAUGGCAUUAUGGUCCAGACCGAAGGACGCAUGCAAAAGAUCCUGGCCAAAAGGGAGGUGAUCGUCUCCGCUGGAGCCAUUAAUACACCCCAACUACUGAUGCUCUCGGGCGUGGGACCAGCCAAACAUCUCCGGGAGGUGGGCAUCAAGCCUGUGGCCGAUCUGGCCGUGGGCUAUAACCUACAGGAUCAUACGGCGCCGGCGGUCACCUUCACCACCAAUGCCACCUCGCUGAAGUUCGAGGACUUCUCCGAUCCCACGCUCAUCAACCGAUUCAAUAGGAUGGAGGGACCUUAUGGCUCGCCCGGUGGCUGUGAGGCCAUCGCCUUCUGGGAUCUGGAUCAUGAGAGGGACGAGGAUGGCUGGCCCGACAUUGAGCUCUUCCUGGUGGGCGGCUCCAUGUCCUCCAAUCCGGCCAUCUCGCGUGCCUUCGGCCUCAAGAAGUCCAUCUACGACUCACUCUUCGCCGAGAUCGAGGACAAGUCGCUGAACGCCUUCAUGAUCUUCCCCAUGAUUCUGCGACCCAAGAGUCGCGGUCGCAUCAUGCUGAAGAGCAGUGAUCCCUUCAAGUAUCCCCUGAUCCAUGCCAACUACUUUGCCCAUCCAUACGAUGUGGACAUCUCGGUGAGGGGUCUGCUGAAGGCCAUCAGUCUGAUGAACCAACGGGGCAUGCAGACUAUCAAUGCCCGGCUGUGGGAGAAGAAGAUCCCCACCUGCAAGCAGCAUCCCUACAAGAGCUGGGCCUACUGGGCCUGCUAUGUGAGGCACUUCACCUUCACCAUCUACCAUUAUUCGGGUACCGCCAAGAUGGGUCCCAAAUCCGACCGUGCUGCGGUGGUCGACCAUCGCCUGAGGGUGCAUGGCAUCAAGAAUCUUCGAGUGGCCGAUGCCAGCAUUAUGCCGGAGAUCAUGUCCGGACAUCCCAAUGGGCCCGUCUUCAUGAUCGCCGAGAAGGCAGCCGAUAUGAUCAAGGAGGAUCAUGGUUUCAUUCAGUGAACAUCCGUCUGCCGGCAAAAUCCCCCAGUCCAAAGUUGAUUUCCACAAUCAGGUGUAAGCCCCAUUUACACUGGCCUGCCACCAUUUUGUUAUCCUGCCCCCACAUCAUAUCAUAUCGCAAAUCUCCGGCUGGUGUCAAAUGGGGCUUACGUUUUAGUUAAGGCUUUCGAAUAUCGUUUGUUAUUAUCUGUAAUUCUCUCUUGCCUGAACUGAUUCUAGUUUAAGUUUAGGAAUGUAAGCUAC